AUGACAGAGGUUUCUGCGGAGUUUAUGAAGGCGAAGAUUGGUCGACGCACAGCAAAAGCCGCGCUUACACGCAUUGGAAAGACACUAGAAUAUGAAAUUGAGCAUAAAAGACCACAGAACGAGGUGCGUAAUUCACUAUUAAAGAUAAAUAAAGCCUUUGAUUCGCUUGUCUUGAAACACGAAGAAUUUACGAGCUUAAUUACGGACGAUAAUGAGUUUGAAAAGGAAGAAAAAUGGCUAGCGGAGUGUCAAGAAUACUUUUUAAGAAUUGAUUUAGAAGUCAAGACCUAUGUGGAGCACGUUGAUGCUGAAAACUCCGAAACAGAAUUGCAACAGCCAGCAGGAAUGAUCGGAAUGCAAAACGAAAGCGCACCGGAAGAAGUUGACAGCUUGACGCAAAACAUGGGUGUUGAGACGCCAGAGGAAAUUACAUCAGCUACGGACGGAAGUGGACAUAAUGAUGUGUCAAAUGUACAAAAUGGAGCUACCAACAAUCUGGAAACGACGAAUAUUAGUACAGUAGCAAUGAAAAAUGAACAAUCGUGUGGUUUUCAAGAAGUUACCCAAAUUUUCAGGAGAUGUGAGGGAAUAUGUAAUCUUUCGGGCUGAUUUCAAGCACACAAUUGAAUCAAGGUACAGUAAACGGGACGCAAUAACUUUGUUACGGACGUGUCUAAAAUAUAAACCCCUAGAACUGAUUCAAUUGAAUCAGUUCAAUUGAAUCAGGUAUUGGGUCAGAUUAUGACGCGGCAUCAUGGCAGUAUUUGGACUCUAUCUAUGGGGACGUAAGGCAUGUAUCUGAUACGAUAACGCAGGAUAUCGCCUAAUUCAAAGCUUUACAAGAAGAAGAGGAUGCACGCUUCUGUGACCUUGUGCAUUUGCUAAAACGGUCCUACAACACAUUAAAAGAAGUGGGUAUACCAAGCGACAUGGAUAAUAGCCAUAUGUUAUCAGUGAUUGAAAGAAAAAUGUAAGAAACUGCAGAUAGCCUCGGGCUCAAAGGAAAGGAAAUCUCGGUGACUAUAACGAAAGUUGGUGGGCAAGAAGAAGAGAUAAAUACUAACGUUUACAACGUCCCAGUCAGCGCAAUUGAUAAUCGAAGAACAUAUUCUGUAAAGGCAAUCGGAAUUCCAGUAAUUAGCAGCGAGAGUGGUAGCAUUGAUACAGGGAGCAUCAUGGAGCAGCUCGGCCUGCCCGGAGAAAGAAUAAGAAGAAAGAAAGGUCCAAUUGAUCUCCUAAUCGGAAUUGACCACGCACAGUUACAUACUGGCCCAACGAAGCAAAAGGAUCACAUCGUUGCAAGAAAAUCCCCAUUAGGAUGGGUUCUGUUUGGCGACAAAUCUGGAGCAGCAACGGCAAGAGAAUCAACACGAGUCCUCCACGUAAAGUAUACCGCACCAAUCGACAUAUCCGAGUUCUGGAAAACUGAAAGUAUGGGUGUUCGUGUCAAACCGUGUGUCUAUGAAGCGGAUAAACUCACUCAGGUUGAACGAGAAGAAAAAGUAUUGAUCGAAAAUUCAGCGCAGAAGAUUGGCAAUCAGUGGAUGAUCCCGUACCCCAGGAAAAAGGACCCAAGAUCGUUACCUGAUAACAGAAAUCAAGCCUUGAAACGACUUGAAUCGACCGAACGCCGCCUGUCAAGCAACCCAGACCAAGCCGAAGCAUACCAGAAACAGAUGGUUGAAAUGGAGAGAUGAAGAGAAGUACGAAGGUCCUGUGCAUUAUAUAUCACAUCAUGCAGUUAUACGACCAGAAAAGAAACGCACACCAGUCAGAAUUGUCUUUAACUCGUCAGCAACGUACCAAGGGAGCAAAUUAAAUGAUUAUUGGAAAAAGGGACCUGACUUGCUAAAUAGUUUGUUUGGAGUUGUCUUACGUUUUCGAGAGAGAGAAGUUGCAAUUAGUGGUGACAUUUCGAAAAUGUACCAUCGCGUUCGUAUCCCACUUGAAGACCAACAUGUUCAUCGGUAUUUAUGGCGAGACCUCGAAACAGAACGAGAUCCAGACACCUAUGUGAAGACAGUGUUGACGUUCGGGGAUAAACCGGCACCGGCCCAGAUUGCGCUCCAGAAAACCGCUGAAGAGAACCAAGAAUUAUAUCCAGAAGCUGCAAAAGCCAUUAAAGCUAACUCCUAUAUGGACGACUUGUGUGACUCACUCGACACUGUAAAGGAAGCUCGAAAGCGAACUGAAGACAUUGAUAAGAUUUUGGAAACAGGAGGAUUCGGCGUUAAAGAAUGGAUAUCUAACAAGACCCUGAAUCAACAAGACAGUAAAGAAGAAACGGCAUUGAAAAUGCUCGAAGGAGAUAGCAAGGAGAAAGUACUUGGAUUGGAAUGGAAACAUAAAGUGGACAAGUUUUCGUACAAGGUGACAGGUGACCUAAGCAACACGAAGAACGAAAACGAUGAAUCAAAACAGACAGAACCACCGCUAACCAAAAGAACUAUCCUGAGUCGAGUUGCAAGAAUUUACGACCCAAUUGGAUUCGCUGCAGGGUUCCUCAUUCGAGCAAAGAUAGGCAUUCAAGAAUUGUGGAUGAUGGGUCAAGAAUGGGAUCAAGAAUUACCAGAAGGAACACGAAAAUACUGGUCUGAAUUUUUCAAGGAAUUAGAACACUUGAAUACAGUUGAAUUUCCGCGUUGUUUGACACCUUUGUCAGCCAUUGGAGCACCAAUGUUAUGUGUUUUCGCAGAUGCCUCAAGAAAAGUCUUUGGUGCUUGUGCUUACAUUCGAUGGCAGAUCGACAAUGGCAAAUUUGAGUCCAAAUUCAUUGCUGCGAAAUCCAGAGUUGCACCAUUAAAGGAACUGACAAUUCCACGGCUAGAGCUACAGUCAGCGGUCCUAGCAUCACAAGUGGUCUACCCCAUUUUCCCCCAUUUGACCCAAUCACAGAUUCAGCAACAGUGUCUCAACGAUGGAAGAAAUGGAUACGGCGUUUUGAAAACCUACUCAUCAGCCUUCGAGAGUUCGACUCGACCAUCCGGCGAGGUCUUCUCUUGACAUACGUUGGCGAAGCAACAAACGAUAUCUUCGACAUUCUGCCAGACACCGGUACAACGUAUGAAUCAGCCGUCGACAGUUUAACGCAGUAUUUCACUCCGCGUGGAAACAAAGAUGUAGCUAUAUUCGAAUUUCGCGAGUUGACACAAGAAACUAACGAGACUCUAACUGCGUAUUAUGGAAGACUCAAAACCAAGGCAACAGACUGUGAAUUCGCGAACGAAGACGAAAAGAUUAAAAUACAAAUCAUCCACAAGACACGAGACCCAAGAUUGCAAAAGAAAGCCCUUCGUGAAAGCAUGGACUUAAAAGCCUUAUUAGCGCACGGAACUUCGCUAGAAAUUACGGAUCAACAAGCGCAACGACUAGAAAACGCAAACACAGACCUAAACGCAUUGGAAAGAAACCGCCAGCCAUCAGCAUCGCAACCACGGGGUGCAUUCAAUCGCAGACGAAAACCACCACCGGACGGAAAGAAAACCUGCCGAAACUGCGGUGGAGCAUUUCCACACAAAACGGAAUGCAGAAUUGCCCUGCUCGAGGAAAAUUCUGCCAUAAUUGCGGAAAACUCGGACAUUUCGCAAAAUUAUGCAAAUCGAGCAGUAAAUCGGUAAACAUAUUACCCCACUCAAGACACCCGAUGACAGAUACUUACAAGACUCGGACGAUGAUAAUUGUUUUACCUUAAAGUCAACGCCAAAUAAGUCACCUGAGACUCAGAUCAAAAUUGGACACACUCCAGUGAAAGUACUAAUCGAUUCCGGCGCAUCUGUCAACAUUAUUCACACUGAAAUAUUCGAGCGCAUUAAAAGCGAGAACAAUCACAUUAAACUAGCCAAAACAAACGCAAAAAUUCGUGCAUACGGAACUGAUAGCCCUGUAGACCUUUCUGGAGAAUUUCACACAACAAUUAAAUCAACACACGGUCAAUCUAUAGACGCAACGUUUUACGUCACAACGGCAAAAUCCCAAUGUAUUCUCGGCUGUGAAUUAUCUACGGCAUUAGGACUAAUAACAUUGAACAUAAACAAUAUUGCGCAGCACGAGGAUCCAGUUAUAGCGAAGUUGCUCAAGCAACACGAAAAACUUUUCAAAGGAACCGGCAAUUUGAAAGGCGUUGAGGUCAAACUCGAGAUCGAUAAAUCCAUACUACCCAUAGCACAGUCGUUCAGACAAAUUCCGCACAACAUGAGGAAAAAAGUAAACGAGAAAUUACGUGAAAUGCGUGACGACGGCAUCAUUGAAAAAGUGGAGGGUGCAACACAAUGGUUAUCCACACUCAUCGCCAUUCCAAAGAAAACUG